AUCUUUAUGAGGGCGUACAAACAAUACGAUAAGAAAAUUGAUGCGGAUUUUAUUCUCAGGCUGUUUAUUUUUAAACACUAAACUCCAAAGUCCUCUUCUUUGUUUGGACAAUAAACCUGUCCUUCUUUGAUAUCUUAUCUUUGAGUUAUCUGGACACCUGAAUAAAGUUCAGGCGAUUAUCUAAGUUUGUCUUCUUUAUGGAAUUUGACUUGCAGUCUUACCUGUAUUCAUUAUUGUUUACAAUAUAUCAUAUCGUUGAACUGAGCAACGCAUUCAAUCACAAGACGUUGAAAUACAUCUCCACUAGACCACAUGAUAUAAAUAAAUGAUAAAAUUGUUAACAAACAAAACUAUAUGAGUGUAUGAGUUAUUCAAGAAGGCGAUUAUAGUAUAUUUCUACUUAAAAAUAGUUCACUCCACCGGAUUUACCACCAGACAACCUCGGUAUUACUCCUCAAAGCAUAUCUGACUGACGAACUGUUAACGUAAAGACAUGAGAGAUAACUGUGGAAAUGAUCAUUCUAUUACUCCUGACACAACAAAAGUAAUAUCUGAUGGGCUAUAUUAUCGAGAUUUGUUUUCACUGAUGUCGGUUAUCAGGAGGUCAAUUACAAAAUCUAGAAUUACUUUUAUACUAAACGUAUUUGCAAUUGUCGUCUUACAGUUGGGGAUUGCAUUCGGUCUAACGUGUCUGUUCACACAAGUAAUAGAAGCCGCCUUUUUGAUAAAAACCUAUCCUAUAUUUGUGUGGGUUAUCAGUGGGAUACAAUUUGUUCUCGAAAUUGUAUGGGCCCUUGUGAGACCAGUCUCGAGAGUAUUCCCCUGGAAUCUUCUCUACCUGUUACUUAUGACGCUAUUAUCCUCCAUAAUAAUGGGAUAUGAAUCCGAGCCAUACAAGGAAGAUAUUCCAUUUAUUGCAUUCACAUUCAUGUGGACGGUGUUACAAGUCAUUGUAGUAUUUUCAGUAUUUGUAUUGAAUGAUUUCACAGAAAGUUUACUAAGCAGGAUAAUAAAUAUCGUUUUUGCUGUGGUAAUAUUGGCCGGUCAGAUUGCUUACUUUUUGAGAAACAGAACUACAAUUACCUUACUUAUUGCUGGAGCUAUUGGAUUCCCAUUCACAUGCUUCCAACUCAUAAAAGAAGUCAAGCGUGUGUUCGGAGGUAGCAAAAGCUUUUACCCAGAGGAUAAUAUUGUCCUUCCAGCUAGGAACAUUUAUGCUUACUGUUGGAGUUUAUUCCUAACAAUCAUAUGGGUGUAUGCAUUCAAUGGACAAAGAGAAAUCCCCGGACAAUAAACUUGUUGAAAGUGUUGACCAAAGUCGUUGUAUAUCAUGAAAAACUGUAACAGAAACAUUGAAAGUUGAAUGAAAU